AUGGAGGAAGUCUCAGCGGUGAAGAUGCCGAACUUCAUUCCGUCUGACCCUUCCCUCUGGUUUACGAUGGUGGAAUCAACAUUUGAAUUGGCUAUUCCAAAGCCAAUAACAGCUUCUCGCUCUAAAUACAACUACAGCGUGAGCACCUUGCCUCUUGUAAUCGUUACAACUGUGCGCGAUAUUAUUCUUUCACCAGACAUAACCGACCCUUAUAGCCAACUAAAAUCUGAAAUCAUUUCCAGAUGCGGAAAAUCUAAAUCCCAGGAAAUUCGUAAGUUAUUGGCUGGAGAACAGUUGCAUGAUAGAAAGUCGUCCGAGCUGUUAAGAAUUAUGCAAAGACGCGCGGAAAAUCACAAUAUCAUCGAUUCUCUUUUACUGGAAUUAUUUCUUCAGCAACUACCAUCUAAUGUGCAAUCGAUUCUUGCCUCAAUACAACCUUUGACGCCUCAAAAAGCCUCUGAAAUAGCGGACAAAAUACUGGAUAUAACACCAAACCAGAUAAGUCAUAUGCGGCCAUCCAACAGCAAUUAUGUCUCUCCUCUACAUAUGGUUCCGAAAAAAGUAAGUGACGAUUGGUGUCCUGUUGGGGAUUUUAGAGCUCUUAAGGCUCAGACCAAAAAGGGCAAAUAUCCUAUUUCCAGUGCUUAG